AUGUUUUCUCUGAUGUUACUGGUACAGCUACUAUUGCUUUGGUUUCCACUUGCUUGCGCCAAGGAGCUGCUGGACGUUUUCACAUCGUUAAGCACUAGUACCCCAAAUGGUAAUACUCCAAGAGUUCCGUGGGCCGCGUCCAUGCAAUUUUUAAUCACACCAAGUAUGGAUGCCAGAGCUCAGGAUACCUUUUCAUUAGACUUGCCCUGUACCCUCCUGGUUUAUGGGACCAACGGAGGCUCGUCAAUUGAUAUGAUUGAUCAAUCUGGAAAUAGUUUUGCAACCUGUGAACUAAUUAAUGGUUACCAUACCGGACCUUCAAGAAUUACCUGUACUUUGCAGCAGGAUGUAUUCUAUUCACCGGGACAGAUUAAUUUUGGAUUUGCUUGGAAUGUCGGCCAGUCGCCAAACUCAUAUUCACUCCAGUGCGCUGCCUCUUUUACAAGUCCCAGAAAUACCAUAACCUGGGGUGGGCAAUCUACGACAGUCACCAUCAAUAGAGAAAGUUUCUAUCAAAGCUCGGGUAUGGACAUGAGCCAUACUAUAAGUGCAAGCGCUGUUGACACGUACUAUUUGGGAUAUACUUGUUCAAGGACUUUUUCAGAAACGAUCGAACUCCAACUAAGAGGUAGUCCUUCAAGAACAGGAAGUAUUGUCUCGUGCGCCAAUGUAGAUGUUUACAUGACAAAUUCGCUGAAUUACUGGUAUAUGCCUAUGACUGCGGAGGCACUUCCUAGCUCAUCUACAGUUAACUGCGACGUUCGUACCAAUACAAUUACCAUCAAUGCAAACAAUAUACCUGCUGGUUACCAUGUUUUUGUAAAUGCAUUCCAAAGUAGACAAUUUCUUUCACAGGAAACCAUUCAGAACACUUUCAUAGAUACCAUAUAUUGUCGGAAUAGUCCAAAUACAAAUCGAUAUUCCAGAAGCUGGAAUUUCAUCAGGGGAAGCGGUAAUGGUGCUGCAAGCAUGCAAAUCAGUCUACCAACAACAAGAACAACAUCAUGGACUGGGACAGGCACAACCACAUAUCUAACGACACAAACAUCACCUAGAACGACAGUUGAAAUUAUAGUUGGUACACCGGAAAUCAGUUCUACGACAUACACCCCAUGGACUGGUACUUUCACCAGCACCUAUGCUACUUCUACGACAUUUCACAGGCAGUGA